AUGCACGAAAUUAAAGGAGACAAUUUUACUACUUUAUAUGAUAUUACAACACAACAAUGGAGCAAUCCAAAAUCUUCACAAAAUUUUACAACAAAUCGAAAACUUAUUCAAUGCGUUGUCUCAGGAAAUGAUGUAUAUGUUUAUGGUGGAUUUGAAAAUAUAUAUGAUAUGAUUAUAUUAGAUACGUCAAAUGCAAAUUGGACGGAACUUUCAGCUGGUCCAGUAGCACCUAUUGGUAUUCAAAGUUAUAGCGCUAUACUUUUUAACAAUUCAUCUAUACUGUAUAUUGGAGGUCAACCAGGUGGUGAUGUCCAAACACUUCCUUAUUCUUCAUUUGACAAGUUAUCAAUAUACAAUAUAAAUAAUAGCACUUGGAGUUUGAUCGCUACAUCAGGAGAUAUUCCCCCAUCACGUUAUGACCAUGGUGCUGUCUAUAUACCUCAAUAUAAUCAAAUUUUAAUACUUUAUGGAUAUCCAAUUUCUUUAAAUAUGCCAAUUGUGGCACUUGAUACAGUAAAAUUUGAAUGGUCAAUUCCUACAAUUAAAAAUAUUGGUGGCCCUACUGCAGGUUUAAGGCGUUUUACUUCAAUAUUGAUUGGAGCUUAUGUUUUUAUUGCAUUUGGCGCAUUUGAUACUCAAGGAAAAAAUAGUACAAAUAAUUUUUUUCUUCUUGAUGUAAGUCAAAAAAAUGUUUAUCAAUGGGUUACUUCAUAUGACCCUACCAAGCAAUUCAAACAACCGCCUCCAAUGCCAUCGACUGCUUCUAACUCUUCACUAUAUAAUAAUGUUACGCAACCUAGCAUUAAUAGUAAUGUUGUUACAAUUAUUGGUACCUCAUUUGGUGCACUUGCAGGGAUUAUAAUAUUAUCAGCUGCAGCAGUUCUUAUUGUUAAAAGAUAUGGCUAUCCUAAUUACAAUUUUGCUCUACGAGAAGCAUCAAGUGAUGAACCAAAUAAUCAA